AUGGCUUCAAUUGCUGCUGCUCAUAAUGGAAAACCGCAGUAUUCGGAAUCCUGGAGAGACUAUUUUUGUGAAACGUUGGUAAAAGACUUUAUUUCCACUUUAGACGGCGAUUUGGAUAAAUGGAAAAGUGACGAUUCAGCUUAUUUGAUUGAGUACGAAUGGUUUGAAGCCUAUAAAGACUUCUUAAAUGGACAAAGCCGUCAUCCUGGUCCGAUAGAACAGAGAAAAUUGCUGGACAAAAACCACCAGCUUUUGCCUGGGCUUGAGGAAUCAAUUGACUAUACAAUUAUAUCAUCUUCUGCCUGGCAGAAGCUAGCACAAUGGUUUGGAGUCCAUGGAUUACCGAUAGAGAGAGAAGUUAUACUCGUUGGACCAAAACACAAUUUGCAACCAUUUGUGAAUGUAUACCCCAUUAUUUUUUCUACGGCUUUUAUUUAUUCUAAUUCCAUAGAUGCAGAACUCUCAUUCCUUCCCUCAAUUCCCCACUAUGAAGGUCCUUAUAAAUUCCAUUUCUCAAAGAGCCAGACUCUUAAAGACCUGUUUGACUUUAUUCGUGUCAAUUUCAAUAUACCAGAAUCAAUAGAAUACCGCGUAUGGCAUAAUGAACGAUUAUUACCGUCUAGCCGAUUCAUACCAAUACCCCAUGCGAGAAGUCUUUGGGGAGCCAUUUUGUUGAAUGACUUUGCCGAUUGCAUGACAAUGUUUGAGAUGAAUUUGGAGAAAGGAUGUCUUGUUAUUGAAGCUCUAAAUGCUCAGCUUCAGGAAUGGCCGAUGGAUUCGCCUCAAGUAACUAAUACGAAGAAUAUGCUUGAGCGUGGAUACUGCGGGAUGAAUAACAUUGGAAAUACGUGCUAUAUGAAUUCUGCUCUUCAAUGCUUAUUUCAUACUCAGGAGCUAUCUGAAUACUUUCUUCAUGAUCGGUAUAAAGGGGAAAUCAAUUUCACGAAUCCUUUGGGAAUGAAAGGAAAAGUUGCCCUUGCUUAUGCUAAUCUCAUAAAGCAAGCAAAUAAAAAUGGUGUUUUUGGACACCCGAUCUCUCCUUAUACAUUGAAAUACAUUGUUAGUGAAUUUAAUUCAUCCUUUGCCGGCUAUAGCCAAAAUGAUUCACAAGAAUUUAUCGCAUUUUUCCUUGACGGUUUACAUGAAGACCUUAACAGAGUUAUUGAUAAGCCGUAUUUUGAAAGGCCAGACCUGUACACUGAAAACCAAAUACAGGUUCAAAAGGUGGCAGAUGAAUGUUGGGAGAUGUAUGCAAAAAGAAAUGAUUCGGUUGUUGUCGAGUUAUUUCAAGGAAUGUACAAAAGUACAUUGCAAUGUUCGACUUGCGGUUUGACGUCUGUGGUCUUUGAUCCUUUCAUGUACCUAACUUUGCCCCUCCCAACGCUAACAAAAUGGAGACAUACCGUUAAUUUUGUUCCUAUGUCAGAAAAUGAUUCCCCCGAAAAGUUCGUCAUCCAAAUUCCUUCCGAUUACACUGUGAACGAAGCUAAAUGCUAUGCUAUAUUGCGCUUGCAACAGCUUGGCUACGAUACCGAGGACGUAAAAGCAGUCGAUAUAUAUGAUGGGAAAGUUUAUAAAUGUUUAGGUGAACAUAGCAAAAUCUCAAAAACGAUUCGCUCCUACGAUCGCUUAUUCAUGUAUGAAACAACGAGAGAAAAGAUAAUUACGCCCGUUGUUCACUGUAAAAGUCUUCCUCAAAUACCCGGAUCACUUCAACGAUGUGAUCCUUUUGGAUAUCCACUACAACUUUCUUUUUCCGAAAACUAUGUUUCCAAAAAGGAGUUAUACAGCAGAGUGUACAAAUUAUAUUGCACAUAUACUGACACCUUUAUAACUCCCGAUAUGUUUCAAAUAUGUAUACAGACUCUUCCGUUUGGCGUGGACGUGUGGAACAGAUUGAAAGAUUUUGAAAACUAUGAUUAUACUCCAGUGGGCGAAGAAGGUGUCGUUUUGAACAAACAGACGAUUAUCAUGUGUGUAUGGAAAGAAGAAAGCCAGAAAAAGGCAUUUAUAAAAAACAAUUGGUUUUUUGACGGAAAGCAAUACCAUGUAGAUUCUAUCACAUUGGAAGAUUGCCUUGAAGAAUUUUCUCGGCCUGAACAACUUUCGUUGGAAGAUUCAUGGUAUUGUCCAUCGUGUAAGGAUUUUCGGGCGGCUACUAAACAAAUGGAGAUUUGGAAGUUACCAAGAAAUUUAAUUAUACAUUUGAAUCGUUUUAGUUGUACAGGCCGCAUACGAAAACUUCGGAAAAGGAGAGAUUAUGUCCGUUUUCCUACGGUGAACUUGGAUAUGAAACCACAUAUUAGUCCAUUAAGGGAGCUAAAGAAAAAAGAGGCUAAGAACAGAUCGCAUACAUACGAAUUGUAUGCGAUUGACAAUCAUCAUGGAUACAUGAUUAACAGCCACUAUACUUCGUAUGCUAAGGAUGCAUCGAGCAGCAGCUUUUUAAAUUACGAUGAUGCUUAUGUUGAAAAUGUUGGAGACGAUGCCAUCGUCACAGCUGCGGCAUAUGUGCUUUUUUUCCAAGAAAAAACAAAGGCAUAA